UCUAGUUUCAUCUUUACCCACUUAAGUUCCAUUUCAUGCCCACGCUGAUCAGUGCUGUUGUGUUAAUCAUCCUCAUUAAUAUUAUUAAUAUUAUUACUUAGCCAUAGUACGUGGUUGCAUGAAGAAAAAAUGUCUCUCUCUCUCUCUCCUCCUGAUCCUUCCUUUCUGUCCCUCCACUCUCUGAAGACAAGAGCCUCAUUGUUCAGAAGGGAAAUCAUAGGACUCACAUGCUUUGGAGGAGAGAAAGUGAGUGAUCACAGCAAAGGAUAGGGUUGUUCAGAGGCAAAGAACAAGGCAGGAGAGAGGACUGAAGUCACCUUGAGCUGCAUAAGGACCUCAGAACUGGACAGCUGCGAACAAGACUGGACAGGAUACCUAAACAUGGAGAAUGGAAAAACAGAAACAGAAGACAUGACAGAAGCCGUGUCAGAAGAUAAAGAAGAGAAUGAGGAGGAGGCUAACCUAGAGAUUGCUCAGCUGCAGGGGCUGGUGGCUGAGCUGCGCGAGGGGCUCCAUGCUGCCCUGACAGAGCUGUGCGAGCUGCGCCAGAGGGACCAUAGCUUGGAGGAGAAACUCCAGGCCCACCAGACUGAUGUGGAUGAUAAGAUAAUGGGCCUCAAGAACUCCCUCAACACAUUUAAGGAGGAGCUGAAUGUGGCCUUGUUCCACAUAAAGGAUGUUUCCAUCAGGCAGAGAGAGGUGCAGAAGAGGAUAGAGCUGUUCCAGUCAGAAAACACCAAAGAUAUCCUCCCUGUUCCACACAGCAGAAAGAGCUCCAAGGCAGAUGUGCUGGCGGCAUCAGGGGAUGAACACAUCUGUGUGCCCACUCAGACGGACCUCAGUGUUAUCCAGCACUUCUUUGCCAGUCUGUCACACAGUGGGUCACCACAGAGGAGCACCACAUCAACACAGACUUCUACCUCUGAGCAGGAGGCCCAGCAGCAGCAGCUUAGAGGUUGUCUGUCUAAAUCUCCAGCGUGGGAAGAGAGGAAGAACAGCAGAGACGACACAGAGACGCCCAACAGCCCGACUGAAAACAAUAAGAGACAGAGGGUGGCUCUGGAGCUGCUCGAAUCAGAGAGAGUUUAUGUGUCCCACCUGUCUCUGCUGCUGAAGGCCAACAUCUCCUUUAACGGAUCAGAAGCUCUCACCUCCAAAGACAAACGUCCUUUUCCCAGCUCUCUGAGGUUUCUGAUCCAGCAGCACCUUGAGCUCCUCCAUACUCUCCAGGAACGUGUGCUCAAGUGCCAGUGGCAAGGCAUCAUGGGAGACGUGUUCAUGAGGCUCACUAGCAGAGAGAGUGAUUUCUUGGACUUUUAUGUGUCAUACCUGAAGGAGCUUCCAGAGUGUCUGUCAGUCGUGACCAUGCUCGCCUCCAGCUCGAUGAAAUCGGCUGGCUUCCUGGAGAGUGACAUAACAGGGGACGAAUCCAAACCCUCCCUCCACACUCUGCUCCUUCAGCCGGUUCAGAGGAUCCCUGAAUACCUUCUGUUGCUGCAGGGGCUGCUGAAGCAAACAGAAGCAGAUCACCCAGACUACUACCUGCUGCUGGUGUGCAUCCAACACUUCAGGUCCUUCACAGCUCAGUACCACCACCUCAUCCAGCACAACCAGGAGCUCCUGCUGCACAACCGCAAGGAGGUGAAAAGGUCUACGAUGAAGCAUCUGUUGAAGACGGUGGAAAGUGGGAUUCAAACUAACAGCACUGGCUCACCGUACCCUUGCAGUAGUGCCAUGCUAGAACAUGCGAACCAGGUGAAGCAGAGCAAGCAGCGUCUCCUGGAGCAGAUCCAGUCGCAUCGUUUCCAGGAUUGGGAUCGGGACCAGGAUCACCAAACUCAUCGUUAUGACACAGAUUGGCCCUCUCAAGUCCCAUUCUUCAGUCCAGACUUGGACUCACGAAACCACAAACCAACAGGUCUUGGCAGUAUCCCAGAGAGUGAGGGAUCUGAGAGGUCCAUGUCAUGCCAGCAUCAUCUGCUCUCCAGACCUGCAGACAUCCGUCAGGUUCAACCGGGGUCUGCUCUGGCCGAUGCCCUUGGAGAGUUCCUUCUCCCUCCAGAUCCCCCAGGGAUGGAAAGCCUCUAUGAGGAGGACAGAGGAUCCUUUCAUGAUGUCUCAAUGUUCGACCGCUGUUCCUCUGCCUCAUCAGAUUCCUCCAUCGACAUUGCCUUUGUGAAGUGCCCUAAAGCUCCCUCAGCAUCACAUCAUGCAAUGGCAGCGAAUGUGUCGACAACCUGUGACGUCUUUGGCAAUGGUAGAAGUCAGGGUAAUGUUUACAGCAAACUGCCCAACCGAGGGUGCGUGUCCCCAGAUGAAUCUGUAAUGAUGCGCCGCAAUCAGCAUCGCCCCCUUCAGGCCAGCCAGCGUAAGAGCAAGUCAUUGAAUGGCCUGCAGAUGGACAACACAGUGAGUGGUCUGGAUGGUGGACCUCUUUCAGACCACCCCCAUAGAGUGGGACUGGGCAGCCACGCAAAGCUGGAGCGUCAAGGCAGUAAAGGAAGCAAAGGGUGUCCCACUCCAUCCCGCAAGGUCCAGAGCCCCUUAGGAAACAGAGUGGAUGCCGACAAACAGGGCGACGAUCUUCAUGGGCUGCUCAGCAUUGACCCCGGGUUCCAAUCAUGGGGUGACGAGUCAAAGUGGAGGGGCGGGACGGAGGAGAAUAACCACACGGCCUUCAGCGAGAGGAGUCGGAAGCAGGACAAAGGAGGCUUCAGAAGCUCGUUCAAGAAGCUCUUCAAGAAGAAGAGUGGUGAUGAGAAGAAAGAGAAGGGAGGUGAGAAAACACCAGAAAACCAAAACACUGGUGAACACGAGACACCGGGGAAAAAUCCCAAACUGGUACAUCUGGAGAUAAACCGCGGCACAGCUGUAUGAACACCACUCACAUCACG